CAUUUAAAAAUUGUGAAUCAGGUUUAUCAAAUAUAACUAUGCACAGAAAUAUACACGUAUCGGUGAUUUAUACACUUAUUUUGUAUUGUAAAUUGACAAGUUCAGAAACCGUAGAAUGGAAAAAUGAAGCCUUAAAAAGUGCAGAAAAAUUAGGAGACAAUGUUGAUGAAAUACUCGAUGAUUUGUUGGGAUAUAAGAAUUUCCAAGAUUAUUAUAACACAUUAUCGUUCAGCGAAAGAGAACUUGACGGAAGUGAUAUACUGGUAAAAAUGGCGAACAAUUUUGGAAAAAAGUUUUUCGAUAGAAACAAUGUUGUGAAAAGUUUGAAAAAAGUUGUUGAAGAUUCCCUAACAUCGACAAGUCAUCUAGAAGAAUGCUGUACACUGAAUCCAAGCAAUAUGGAAAUGAAUGACAGAUUCAAACAACUUAUUGGACAAGGUGGAUGUCAAAGAAUAUCUAAAACCGCAGAAAGAACAUUCGGUUUUUUGUCUAAAAAAUUCGAGGACGCCUGCGUCGAAAAUUUGGGUCAAAUGCCUUUUUUGGCAUGGCAGUAUUUUGCAAGUGAGUCAGGAAUAACGUCGCUCUAUCCCGGAAUCGAAGUUGAGGAUUGUGGUUCCUACGAUGCCAGAUACAGGCCUUUUUACGUACAAACAAACGUGCCUGAUUCAAAAGAUAUUGUCAUCGUUAUUGAUAAAAGUGGAUCGAUGGGGAAAAUAGAUAACUCGGGAGUAAAACUGAUGGACAUCGCUAAAGAAGCAGCUAAAACAGUCGUCAGCACUUUAAAUCCCCAUGACAGGGUCGCCGUUAUCGGGUUUUCAGACUCAAUCGUAGCGAUGGGAAGUAACAAUCCGAUUGAGUCUUGUUUUGGAGAAGAACUCGCCCGAGCAACAAACGAAAAUAUUCAAACAAUCAAUCAAUUUAUUAGUGAAAUCAGGCAUGGAGGAACGACCUCUUAUGCCUUGGCAUUGUCGAAAGCUUUCGAUUUCUUUGACGGAACACCAAUUAAAAAUAAACGUGCAGAGCGAGUGAUACUAUUCCUCUCCGACGGUAAACCAACAGACAAGCCAACUGAACUCGCAAGUGGGAGAUACAUUUUCACCGAUUUGAAAGAAAGAAAUAAAAAUCUUAAUAAUUCUGUUAUUUUAAUGACGUAUGGACUGGGAGACGACGAUUUUGACAUCUUACGAGCAAUGGCGUCACAAAAUGGUACACAAUAUGGAAUAGAAGGUGAUUCAGCAGAAGCUAUUAAGGUCGGAAGUUUCACACUCGUAAAAGAUCCUACGAAUCUACGCCAAGAAAUGGCUUCUUAUUACAGAUUUUUUUCAAAACGAACGACACAAACCACUCUUGACAAAGAAAUUUGGUCUCUACCAUACAAGGAUGCCUGGGGAAUGGGACUUUUGAUGAGUGUUUCUCUUCCUGUGCACGACGCUAGUGACAAUAUAGUUGGUGUUGUUGCAACAGAUCUCACAUUGGAUGAUUUGCUCUCUGGAGCAGUAUAUUUCAGACCUUCGGAAUUGUCAUACAUAUUUAUAAUAGACUCAUACGGUUACGUUCUCUACCAUCCAUUAUUUAAAUAUCCUGACGAUGGCGAAGUCAAAUACAUCGACAUACAAGCGUUUGAAACUGACAGAAGUAUGGCUGACGUUAUAGAUGAUAUGAAAAGUGGUGGCUCCGGAUCAAAGACAUUUUUUGCGCAAAGAAUUUCUUCUGGAGGAAGCAAUAAACUUUAUGGAGUAAAAACGUUUUCAACAACAACAGAGGCGUACUGGAAGCAGAUUCCACACACAGACUUCUCUCUGUGUGUUAUUCUCGCCAAAGGUGAUGUGGAGUCAACCUUGCAAACAGUUCAACCAAGAAACGGCGAUAAUUUUCUCUAUCAUAGACUGGAUAUUGCCCCGCCAGAGAAUCCAUGCAAACAUUAUAACAAUUAUUGCGCCAUGAAUCAGUCGGCUGUAUCACUUGGACCACGUGGAUUCAUUGACACAGAUGCAUAUCUCAUGAGCAAAGAAACAGUCGACGGAAUAAAGUCAAUCAAAAAUUACAUGAUUACUGGCCGAGGAGGAAGUUUAAUAACGAAUGGAGUUCGUAACGCGGUAUGGGCAACUCAAGAAGCUGAAAGAUUUUGGAAAGAACAUCAAGAGAACGAACUCGAAAAAUAUGUUAUGUGGAAAUAUGUCGCAACGAAUGGAGGAAUGAUAAGAAUGUACCCUGGUAGUCAAUUCCCGAAAGACUUCGAUCCAGCAGUUCGACCCUGGUAUCAAAACUCAAUGUCCAACAAAGGGAAAAAUACUUUCACGUUACCAUACAAAGACGCCGUCAGUGGACAGUUGAUCUUCACCUUGACAAAAGUAGUUUAUGAGGCGAAGCCCGUAGGAGAGCGAAACUACCUGAAAGACGAAGUUGUUGCUGUAAUGGGUGUCGAUAUUUUAGAUUCGGCUUUUCAAACUAUGAUAAAGGGCACAUUCCCACUUUGCUUUGAAAGCGAUGAUUAUAGAUGCAUUUUGAUUGACUCCGGUGGAUUUGUGAUGUAUGGAGAGAGCGUCAACUAUGAGACAGUAUUACCGGAACAUAUUACACAGAAAGAACCAUUGGUGGCCGAGUCACUUGUUGAAAAUGGUAUAAUGGCUCAUACCAAUUGUAUGGUGAUAGAAAGCACAACUGUACAAAAGACGUACAGGAUUCAACGAGAAGAAAACUUCGCUGGAGAGGCAAGUGGAAACUGUUUCAAGUACGAAUUUAUACCGAUACCUAGAACAAAUGUGUACAUGGUAGUUCGUCAAGUGCAAAGUUCGUGCCGCCCAAGCCAAUCGUCUUGUGUGUGUUCCGAUUUUUUCUCAAAGGAUCAGACUCGUGGAUGCGUAUCGAAUACACAAACAUGCGAAUGUCCUUGUACAAAAUUGUAUGAAGAUUUCAACACAUGCACCAACAAAUUUGAAUCAUCAGGAACAGAUACAGUACCCAGAGCAUGUACUCCAUCUCCCAGGAAACUGAUGGAAUUAGGUACAAAUGAAUACAAUAUCGGACAUCUUCCUCAGUGUACGAAAUACUCAGUAAAUAACGAUGACCCGCCUAAACCUGGUGGCGAAGGUGCAGGUAUAGGUGCAAUAGUUGGCGGAUGUGUCGCUGCAAUUAUUGUGUUAAUUAUUAUCAUUGUACUCGUGUAUCAGUUUGUAUAUAAAAAGAAUAAAAGUGCAAACAGACGGCAUUCUGAAAGCAUACGAAAUGAGCCUCUGCCUCCACCGCCAGUAGAAAAUGGCGAUCAUGAGACAUAUGUUCAACCUAUGGUUUUACCACUGUCGCCGUCUGCACCACCUGCGCCACCCGAAGAAAGUCAUUACGCGAAUGUUACUCCAUUUGGAAAAGUAUGAAGAUCAUUUUAAAUAGUCUCAAAAAUAUAAAUUUAUAUAUGAGGUCCGAGGAAUCGCUGUCGACAGAAAGCGUUAUGUUAUUGGUAUCAAAGAACGACACGGAAGAUAAUGUUUUACAAAGGCAAAUACUGAAUUCAAAGUUCUGACUGACAGCAGAAUGCUGUUACUAGACUGACCCAGAUAUUCGUAGACUAGGGUUUGUGUAUUCAUAGACAUUGACAUUCAUAGACUUGAGUUUUACGCCUUUAACGCAACUUUCUUCCAAAAUAAUGAAGCUCAUAUUUUUGUUUUACAAAAUUUAAAUUUGAUUGAAUCCGAAAAUGUUAUCGAUACUGAAAUUCUACUCGAAGUAUUUAUAAAUUCCAAAUAACUCGAAGGUGUAGCUACCUAUUGAUUCAAUAUUAAAUAAAUUUGAUUUUAUCCUAUCGAUUUAUUAAAGCCUGUUUAUUUCCUUUUUAAAAAGUCUAACUAAUGCAAUUUUAUUUAUAUUUUAAUUUCUCUUAAAUCCUGUUAAUAUUUUUUUUGAGUGUUGAUUACCUAUGCAGAGAAUGAAUGUGAAUAUAAUUUCUCUGUUUUAUCAUCUA